GAUACACAGCAUUCGUAGCACAAUGCACUAAAUGAGAGUUCUCCUUAUCGUAGUUACCAUUUUUCUGGUAACAACUCUUCCACGUGUCGUCUCUCAUCGAGGAAUAAAAACAGGAUAUGCAGAUACUGAAUUGAAAACACUGCUAAAUAUAUACAAAAUGAAUCCUUUAAAACGUUCCAAAGUAUAUGAAAAGUUUUCUAAACAGUUACUGUCGUUUAGGCCGGAUACAAAACGUCCUGCGUUGAAUAUUGAUUUAAAUGAAAGUAGAAGGUAUAAAGAAAAGAAAACGAGCGCCAAAUUGGGAUACAUCGAAUCGAUUAUAAGAAAUUCGCAAGAACAUACGACAGAAUUUAAUCCUUUCGUUGAUAAUACUCCAGAAAAUUUUAUGCAAGGUUUAUUACUAGAUGACAUUUUAAAAAUCGAACACUACAAUGAAGAUGAUAAAAUCGCUAAAGAAGAAAUCAAGAUACUGGACAGUAAUGUUGACGAAAAAUUUAUUUCUGAUGUAGUAUUAAAUAAUAUAUCAUCAGAACAAGAGAAACAAGCUAAACGAAUAUUUAAACAUCCAAAAGGAGGUUUUAAUAGGACAGAUGAAAACAAAUCAGACAACAAUAACGUCGUAGUACUAAGAUAG